GAGAGUUCAGUCCUGAAAGACUAACGAAAGCAUAAACACGAAACUACGCAAUCUCGAGAAAAAAUCCACGAAAUCGAAAAUAUUCCAAGAUGUCACAAAACUAUCUUAGCAGAUACCCAUUUGCACUGAAAGGAAAGUACAAUGAAAUAGAUGUUCUCAAUGAGACAUUGUGUCGAAAUUCCAGGGCUAAAUCAGAGAUGAGGGAGCGGUGGAUGACAAAUCUAGAUGUUGACACUGGUCGCUAUACUAGAGAAUUCCUUACUCCAGCUCCACAUCAAGGAAUGUACUAUCCCAGGCAUGAGCUGACUGGCUACCUGGAAUCAGCUUCAGCUCAUAUUCCCUACCUGGUUCGACCAAUGUUCAACUACAAGACCAACAGCAAAUAUGGAUACUCAAAGUACGUAAAUGUUCGAAAGCUGUAGACUGUAGACUUAGAUAGAAUAGCACUACAAUACAAAUAACACCUAGUCAUAACCUUUACAUUACAAUGUAUGUCCAUUGUACAUACAUAAAACUAACAGGCUUAAACAAUGAUUUGGACAAAACCAUAGGAGUCCAGUUGAUGUUCUAGGAUACACUAGAUCUUCUAGAUACAGGAGAUCUCCUUCCUCCUCUCCUCGUAGAUACUCUAGUAGACCUAGAUUCAUCAGCCGCUUCCAUCCCUAAAGGAACUGUACAGUGUACAUGUAAUUUUAAGUAAACCGCAAUUAAUAUAGAGGGCAAAUCAGACUUGCACAGUAUCCUUAUUUUGAACCAUUGUCAUUAUUUUUGAAGCUGAAAAUUGAGUUACACUCUAUGCUGGUGUAAAUUCGCGGUUUACAUGGCACUUUAUUUCUGCAGCUCUACAAAGGAGAAUAUUGCAUGUAAACCUUGAUCAGAAAAAUGCUAUAAGGGUACUGUUGUUAAUCGGAUAUGCCGAUCUAAAGAUUAAGGGUUGCUUAAAAUGAUGUCUAGCUAAAUGUCCUUUAAUCAAUUAAUCAAUCAAUUAAUCAAUAAAAUAUCUAAUAAAACAAUCCAGCCAG